AAAACAAAACAAGUGUUAGACAAUCAAACAACUUCCACAUGUCCACAUACGUGUCCUCUGUGUCGUCUCUCGCAGCCAUGAAACAAAACCCUCUGAAGCGAAAACGCAACGAUGAGAUCACUGAAGAGAAACUCGUACUCAUGACUAUGCACAAAGGAGACGACGAGCACGAACAUACCAAACCAUCUCCACCAUCUUGGGAGAUUCUCUGCCUUGUUGGUCCUUACAUGGACCCUGAGUCUCUAGCCGUAGCCUCUUGCGUCUCCACCACGUGGUCGAAGUGCUUCUCCUCGGAAGAUCUAUGGAAGCUUCUACCAGCCACACGUGAUUCUAUAUUCUAUAAAGCCAUCACCAAGGAGGGAACUAAACCAGCCUGGUUAUCGUACAAGCGCCUAAUCUCUGAAGCUGAAUCUGCAGCAAAACGCCGCCGCAACAACCAACCCGCUGAGCCAAAGAUCUCUCUCUCCGAUCUUGUUUUCAUUGUCCACGUGUCAGCUGGAUCAAAGGAAGCAGUGGUUGUGAAACAGGGGAAGGAUCUUGUGUUUGGCUCGCACGAGCGGUUCCAAAUCGAAGCUGAUGUCAGCGACUCGGGAUUCACCGCCGAUAUGAAAGACGUGAGCAUGUCGUGGAACGUCGUGUUAAGGAAUUAUGAGAGAAUGUUUCUAAUAUCGGAUACUGUUAUAAAGUCACUAGAUUCUAAGAUUGGAUGGUUCACCGAUGAACUUCCGGCGACAAAGAAUCGCUACUGUGACGGCAGCAACCUGGUGGGUGAAGUCAAGCCAAGUUUUAAUGAAGAGGUUCUUGAUAAAGUCGUAUUCGCGAUAGCAGAUUCACGCAACUGGAAAUCUCUGUUUGUUGACGAUGUCUUGAGAUAUCUCCAAUGUAAAGUAAAAGAGCCAAGGGUAAUAUCUCCGGGAGGAUCCAAGACCGAAGAGAGGCAAAUUCACGGUGUUAUUAAUGAGAAUGACAUGACUCAAGAUAAUAGAGAUCAGCCUCGUGGUGAAGUGAACAUGGAAGCUUCUAUAUCAGCAGAAGAUGUGAUAAGAGCUGGAGGACUUGGUGCUAAGGACGACAUUGGAAGCUUCCUUCCCGUGGCGAGUGACUCCACUGACUUUGAGGAAUCACUCCGCUCGGCACGUGACUAUGAAGAAGCGCAACCGGAGGUUCAAAGACCGGGUCUUGGCUAUCCUAAAGAGUAAAUCUUGCUUUUAUAGUUCUUUUUGGGUUUUGUGAGUUCAAUUGUUGUGUUUGAUGGUGGGCUAAGGCUGGAAUAUUUCAAGGUAGAGAACUCUCUAGUUUAGUUGCUACAUUUUCAGAAAGUUUUUAAUUCUGUCAAGAUUAAUCUAAAUGUUUCAAGGUUUCCUAUCCGGGACUUGGAGAUGUUCUCUGAUUUGCUCUGUUUUCUUGUUCUGCUUUAUAGCAAAACGUUUUUUAAGGAAUUUUUAGAUUUAAGUUUUGAAAUAAAUCCUCUCAAAUUGU